GCUCGCGCUGAAAUUCUUUAAACAUACACACAUGGCGGAGGGAUAUGCUUCAUGGUGCUUCGGUGAUAUAUAAGCUGCUCCUACACUUCUAACACACAAGUCUGCGUCCUCUUCUUCGUGUUGCACUUUGUUGUUGUUGCCGUUGGCAGCUAGCUAUCAAACAUCAACAUGGCAGUUUAAAGGCAGGUGGCGGCAACUCUCGCAGCGGCAUCAAACGGGCAGGGCAUCGGCGAAGUGCACUGGCAAUUUCUGGCAAAAUGGCGUCUCUCUUGGCAAUUCCCCUCAGCUUUGCUGCAGCCGACAGCAGUACGAAACGUCUCGAUUUACAAACACCUGUCCACACUAUUUUACCCUACCUAUCACUGACCACACGCAGCAGCCAUGAUGCUCGCAUUGGAGGCCGUGGAGGCCCUGUGCUCAGGGCCCUCGUUUCUGAUGGCUGACCCAAUGGGGCCCCUUCUGGACCAAGAUGAAGAGGAAGCGCUUUCACCCUCCUCCUCGCUCAGUGGCGAGGUCCCUGCUUCGCCCCCGCUCUCCCUAUCCUUGUCCCCUUAUCACACCUUUCUGCCGCCCUCCUCCCCACCUUCUGGUCACCCCUCCACCUCCUCCUUCCUGGAAGCAAAGGCAGUCUCCGACGGGAGUCCUCUGCCCUGGCUGACGGCUGGCGGCCUGCUACACGACCAUGUGGGAAUGGACCACGCCCAAGACGACGCCUUCGCGGGCAUGGACUGGAUGUCGGAGAAGAUCGAUCUCGGCGACUUUGACCUAGAGUCGCUCAUUGGCUCCUGCUCGUCGGACGAGUCCCCCGCCUCACCUGAGGAGCUCCUGGCGUGCCUCCACUCCCACGUGGAUCUGGAUCCAGAGCCUUUCCAGGCUGCUCCCACUGAAGAAGAGCCAGAGCCCCUCGCCAGCUCUGUGGAAGUGGUCAUGAAGUCUGAACCCUGCUCUCCAGCUCCGCCUCCCUCACCGGGGUUCUCUGAGAGUGAGACCGACACAAAGUCACCCCUCACCGCCAUUAUUGAACCCCUGCCAGAGGUCUCUCUGGAGACCCCGACUUCGCCGCCCAGCGAUUGUGACAGCGACUCUGGCAUUGAGUCGUCCGCUGGCUCCCCCCGCGCCAAACCAUAUGCCAGGCCCGAUGCUUUGUCCACAUCUUUCUCCCAGUCCCUGAAAGCCAAGGUUAAGUCGUCAUCUGGUGCGCCCAAGUUGGUUGAGAAGAAGCUGAAGAAGAUGGAGCAGAACAAGACGGCGGCCACACGCUACCGUCAGAAGAAGCGUGUUGAGCAGGAGCAGCUAACCGUGGAACGUGAGGCGCUGGAGACCAGGAACAGAGAGUUGGCCGAGCGAGCAGAUGCCAUCAGCCGUGAAAUCCAGUACCUCAAAGAUCUGAUGGAGGAGGUCCGCAAGCACCAUCGCGGAAAGAUGAACACCGCAGGGGCCAAAUGAUACGACUGGGAGGUGGUCAGGCGAAGCAUCUGUACAUGCUGAUGUCUCCCAGUCUGUUGUCGGAUCCCUAUUUAUGUUACAAAACGUUGGGGCUUUCAGGAUGAAUUUCAGGAUGAGACGAGAGAUGGAGGGUUGGCCUCAUCCUGAAAUUCUACUCAAAAGCCCAUUACGCCGAAUUUGUUGCAAGUCGAGAAAUGAAGAUAAUCCCGGAGUAGAACCCAGAAAUUUGUCUAGUCGUGAUAGCAACCUUCCUCUGGUCCAGAAAAGGGCCUCAAGUGCAUUUGACAAUUCUUAUGGCUCGCGUGUGUGUACAUACAUUUUAGCUUCGAAACGCAAUUUAGGUGGUCUUAUAGUUUUAAUUUAAAAAGAUGUGUUCAUGGCCUCGUUAGUCUCUGCAUUUACUCUUUGUACAAAUGCUUUCAGAUGACUUUUCAUGCUUUAUUCUCUUUUUCUAAUAAACUUCCUUUCUCAAAUCUGA